CCUCCACACACACACCCCUCAAACCAUCCCUCAUCCGAUCCCUCUGCUCUUCCAUCAUUCUCCCCUCUCCUCAUUCUACCGCAACUCUCAUCUCCUCGCCCUCCUCUUCUCUUAACACACUUGUGGUCAAGAGUCCACGCAACGCAGUGUCACCAUCUCGCCCCUGCGUUACCCCAAACAACCUCCCCCGUCAACGUCACCAAACAUGUCUCUGGCAGGCUUGGUGGACGAUGCCCUCCCCUCCUCCCCACUGGGCGAUGCCUUCUUCAUCAGCCGGCCAAGCUCGCCAGACGACUCCCCUGGUCCCUCACCAACCCGCACCGAGGUCGAUCUCCCAUUAGAUGUCGACGAGUCCUUCAACUCGUCCAUGUCAUUCUCAGCAUGCGACUCACCUCCCGCACCUUCGCCCUCGAUGCACCUCGGCAAGGCCAUGAGCAUGGCGCCUUAUUCGCCGACGCCCGCCGCCGGCCCCAGCAGCAGGCGUACAUUGAUGGCAACCAAGUCAUUGUCGUCGGCCGUGAUGGGCAAUGGCUCGUCACGGACGACAGGGCACACCUUCUCGUUCGGACGCGAGCUGUCACUUAACGCGGCACGUCCCAGCACUUUUGGUCAGCCAAGCAAGGCUAAGGGACAGAUGCGUCCGCCUUCAGUCCCAGAAGGCAGACUCAUGUCGCCGAACCGUCUCCACGCAACCUCCUCGCAGGAGAAUAUGAGAGAGCCACAGCUCUUGAUGUCCCGAUGGGGUCGUCGCGAGUCGGAACCUGCAGUUGAAUCUCCGUACAAGCGCGAGGUGUCCUCGAGCAUGGAUAUGGAUAUCGACUCGCCUGCGCCGGCUGGCCGUCUCAGCGCUUUCAACUCGCCCGCCCCGACCGAUGCUGGCUCUCCAGACUUUGGAAGGUUCUUUGCCGAGUCACCGGCCAUGCCCGCUGCCUCCAAGCGCCGUGCACCUCCCUCGCCCGGAUCUCCGUCAAGCUCGCCCUCUACGCAUCGCAUGCGCACCGACAAGGCAAUGUCAUCGAAUACCCUGUUUGGGACACGCAACACGGGCGGUCUCGGCCAGCGUCGAUCGGGAGCCUUUGCGUCGCGUAGGCCACCACUGCAGCCCAUCAUCGCCGGCGAUGCGCAGCGAAACAUGGGCACCACAUCAGCCAACCCCAUCCUUUGCGGUCCGGCGUUGCCCACCCGCUCAAGCUUUAUGCGCCGCGCCAACUCCAUGUUCUGCGACCAAAACACCAGAGAGGGAAGUGACAACGACAAUGAGUCCGAGUUUGAGACCUCCUUUGAGGCUUCUCCUUCAAUCCCGGACAUCCGACGGCGUUAUGGCCGGCCCCCACUGCCCCGUGUCGACGGGUCACCCAACAAGGCACGUUCCUCGGCAACCUCGCUCCAGAACAACCUGCUGGCGGCCCGUCCACCAGUGAGAGCCGAGAUCGGUGGCCUGGGCAGCUUUGGAGAGAACGAGCUCCAGGGUAAGAUUCUUCCCUGUCACUCCAUCAAAGACGACGGACUUGUACGCAUCACUCCGGAGACGCUUCGCGAUGUCCUCGAUGGCCACUACGACAGUAAAAUCAAACGGUUCCACAUCAUCGACUGCCGCUUCGAUUACGAGUUCGAGGGUGGGCACAUUGAUGGUGCUAUAAAUAUCCAAAACCCAGCCGAGCUGGACUCGCUUCUCCUGUCACCAAAUGCUGGCAUCAACGAAGCUGAUGGAGCACUUCCAGCUCCCAGCACAAGUGGAGCGGUGGACGGCACCCAGCAGGUAGUCCUCAUCUUCCACUGCGAGUUCAGCAAGAAGCGCGCCCCCGAGGUUGCGCGCGAGCUCCGCAUGCGUGAUCGCAGACGCAACGAGGGGCACUGGCCGCAGGUGCACUACCCGGAGCUAUACAUUCUCGAGGGCGGAUACUGCAGCUUCUUCAAGCACUGCCCCACCAAGUGUGAACCCCAGGCGUAUCGCGAGAUGGAAGGUCAUCAGCUGUGCGACUCCAAACUGAGCACAUUCAAGAAGGACUUCCAGCGUACGCGUUCUAUGCCCGCCGGCGAGAUGCGGCCUCUGCGUGGCGAGAUGCCCCCUCCUCCAUGCGGUUCCUUCAUCCGCCCCAUGCCUCCUCUUGGGCGCAGACGUGGGAUGGAAACGUCAAGAUCUGUCGACCUUGACUCUUCACCCGUUCCCUCAGACGCGAGUCCGUGCGCACGCACCUUUGGCAUGAGUCAGGCGCCACCUCGCUUUGCCACCGUUGCCACGAGAACGCAUAAUAGAGCAGGUUUCCAGCGCCACGCUUCGUUCGCAGGCGCCAGUGUGCGGCGGUAACACACUAUAUCAACACGACUGCAAUCGCAACCGCGCCGCUUGUAGCGGCCGGCUUGCUACGACAACACGACCCAGACCGACCCUCAACACUCAUUUGUACAGUAAAAUUGCGCAUUCCAUACCCCGGUCCAUGCCCGCCAUGCCUUAUCCCGU